UUCGUGAAACGUCAAGAACCUCUAAUGCGUCCAUUAGACACUUUUUUUCGAAAGUGAUCUUAGAAGUUGAAGGGUAUAUGUUACAAUCUAAAUUAUUAGUAUUUCAAGAAGAUCCUAUUCAAUAUCAACUUUGUUCAUUAGAACGACACCCCAUACUCAAAGAAGGAACGACACCCCCUCCAAGCUGUAUAACAGCAAAAAGACCGCAAGAUCAAUGCGAGGAACGACACCCCAUGCCUUUAAGAGGAACGACACCCCAUGCCUUUAAGAGGAACGACACCCCUUCAGGUUGCACGAUCUCAC